AUGAUUUUGGCUAGAGUACCUGUGGAGGGCUUACACACAAUCUUCCUAGACAAAGCACCGCGAAGCGGCGCUUUGGCUAGAAAAGGUGAUCUCGUGUUUGCGAUAAAGUUCAUCAUACCAACUCAUGCUGCUCCGACCGCCUUAGCUGGAGGAGAGCUAGCUCGCGUGCUGCUGCAGAGUGGGUGUCAUCGAUUUGAACUGAAGAGAGUUGAUCCCACACCACGUGCAGAUUACGAGGAACAAGCAUUUGAAUAUAAUUACCACAUCACUUUAUCCGCUGAGGGCGAAGAAGAACACGAAGAGAUGAUUGUGCGUUUUGCUGAAAAGUUUUGUUAUUUUGUGGGUGGAGGUUUUCAUGAACAAAUCUUGGCUGAGUUUCCUGGAAUGAAGCUAAUCUUCGGCGAAGUGAGACCCCAGCAUAACAACGUUACACUGACAAGCAUGGCUAUAGGUAGCAUGCCAAACCCUGGACUGUUUUUCGUCCGCGGCGAUUACGUCACAAACUACAACGAAAUUUCAAAUAGGCAUGAAUAUUGUUCCAAUUUCAUUCAAGAGGACUCUGUUCUAUAUCGCUUUCAGCUUUUUCACGAGUUGUUCUACACGUUAUGGGGAGAAUGGGGACAAUCGUUCCUAUCGUUUGCCCACUUCGAACACGACAGAAGGUAUCUUACUCUCUUUUUCGCCGUGCGAUUAUGCGAACGAGAGGAGAAAUUGGAUGGACUUCGAUUCGCGGCGUACAAAAUAAGCUUACCCUAUGCAGCUAUCGUACAAAUAAUUGUUGAUGUUGGCGACUCACACAACAACACUUUGUAUCUGAAGUUGAAGUAUCCUCCGCAGAAAAUGACAUUGAAAAUUGAGGUUUGGCAAGCAGUGCCCCGCACGCAGCAGUGCCGUAGCAGAAAUAGACGUGUUGUCAACAUGGAACAGUGCAAAGAAUGGGUUAGUCGUUUUAUAAAAGUAAUGGCUAUUGUUAAAACCUUUAUUUUAAAGCCCAGUGUUUCGGCACAACGCCUUCUUCAGAGGCCUGAAAGUGAUUCAUUUAAUUUUUUUUCACACGUUCCACCCCACCAAACACCUCCUCCAUUCCGUACAUUAAAAUCAUCCAAUAUGACCGAAGCUGGCUACAAGAAUCGACUUCAACUCACCAAGCAUUCGUUGACAGGAGAUAUAAUUCGCGCUUUACUGAAUCCAUACAGUUUCAUACAAUUAGCGUAUGUGCAAGCAGCUAGAAAGCGCUUGGAGAGCUUCGUUGUGGGACGCGGUUUUGUACGACGAGACACAUGGAAUGACUCCAUAACACGACAUUGGAACCAAGAUAUCCCAUUGGUAGGUCUACCAACACAGCUGAUCAUCACUCAAAAUUUGCAAGAUGCUGCUUAUGACGUUUCCAUGUCUGAUGAAGAAAGAUGUGUUUAA